UAUGAGUCCGGCGCGGCCGGACAGGGCGUGGGCGGCUACGAGUGUGGGCGCGGAGGUGGCCAGAUGGAAAUCGGCGGCGAGAAUUUCCUCUCGCCCACCAGCGAGGCGCAUCUCUCCAUCCCGCAACAGGUGUCCCCCCAUGUGUCUCCGCACGUGUCCCAGCAAGUGUCCCCGCACGUAUCUCAACAGGUGUCCCCGCACGUGUCCCAGCAAGUGUCCCCGCACGUAUCUCAACAGGUGUCUCCGCACGUGUCCCGCCAGUGCUCACCUCACGUGUCGCCGCAGGUGUCGCCCUUCACGUCACCGCACACGUCGCCGUCCGCGGCCGCCACGCCGCCCAUCCACUCGCGGCCGUCCACGCCCCUGUCGUGCCCGCCCUCGAGGCGCUCCUCCUCCGAGAUGGUGUCACAGCCCUCGACGCCAACGCCUCAGGUCAAGAUAGAGGUGACGGGCCCAUGGGAGGGCGGGGGCGGGGCCAGCGGCAUGGAUGGGCGUGUCCUUGGCCUUCCUCCCCCCGCCCCGCCUUCCAACGUGAAGGCGAUGCCCACCACGUCCCGAACGCAGCUCAAGCAGCAGUUGAUGCGCCGCAGCUGCAGCACCCGCCGCAGCCCGCGCAGCAGCCGCAGGAGCCCAUCGCCAUCCCGACGUCCGUGCCGCAGGAUGUGCCGCCGCAGGUCUUGCAGGUGCAGACGAGGCUGGAGAAUCCGACCUUCUACCACGUCCUUCAGUCGCAGCGUCGGCAGGUGCUCCAGUUCCUGUCGGGCAGCGGCUCCCCUGGGGACGCUUCAGGCUCCGGACCUCGUCUCCUCCGUCAUCUCAUCGUCAGCUGCCUCGCUCUCCGAUGCCUCUGAGGUGGAAGAUGUGAUUGACGAGAUCCUGAACCUGGAGGAGGGCUUGGACGCCUCCGACAACCUCAAGGCCUACGAUCAAGUCAACAACAUGCCGUCGUCGAUGAACACCGUGCCCGGGUCCAUCUGCGACCUGCUGGGCCUCAACGGGUACAUGGGCAAGACACCCAACUCCUGCCCGCCUGACCUGCCCCAAGUCAAGAACGAGACCACGCCCAUCAACGACCAGCAGAUGGUGGCGUAUAUGAAGGACAGGCAGAAGAAGGAUAACCAUAAUAUGAUUGAGCGAAGAAGACGGUUCAACAUAAAUGACAGAAUAAAGGAACUCGCCACACUCCUUCCCAAAAGCAAUGAACCAUACUUUGAGCUGGUUCGUGAUCUGCGCCACAACAAGGGACAGAUCCUGAAGGCUUCAGUUGACUACAUCAAGAGGCUGAAACUGGACACAGAGUACAACAAGGAGGUGGAGCUGAAGCGAAGAGCAUUAGAGCAACAAAACCGUCAGUUGCUCUUGCGGAUACAGGAAUUGGAAUCCAAACUUCGUACAAAUGGAAUCAAAGUGGAGGAGACCAACAUCGACCAGAGUCUGCUGCUGUCUACAAUUAUUAAAUCAGAGGUGGUAAAUAACACAGGGGAACAAAAUGAAAUGAAGAAGGUGAGGUGUAACUACAAUCUCCCUGGAUCCCUGCUUGACGAACUUUUAGACGACUUCACGUCAGGGGGCUUUAACCUGGACCUCAUGGACGACGACGGGCCAGCAUUCACAAGUGACCCGGUGUUCUCUUCGCCUCAGGUCUCAUCUCCGAAUUCCUCCCAUCAUUCAUUUGAUGAUGCUCUCACUCCAGACUCCAUGGACAUUGUUGCGUGAUUGUGUGCUUUAAGAGCAGUGAAAAACAUGCAUAUCUCUCAUUAAAACAUGAAUUUGUUUUAAGCCAGCUUAGAAUAUACAA